ACUUCCCAUCAUCACAUUGUUUACAUGCUCUCCUUCCAGUUUACAGCCCGUCACAACCCCAACGUAACAUUAGUGCAACAAAAAUGGUGAACAAUGUUGGAGAUCUCUAGCUGUACAGUUUUGAGCCAGAUGCCAGUUCAGAUGAGAAAUACGAAGACAGACGUGUGUCAAGUGGAUGCAUCAGAAUGGACCAAAGCAGGGAGCUUGUGGCUUGCCAUUGUAGUGUCUACACACCACAAUGACAAGCUUUUUCCAACUGCAUAUUUCAUCAACAAUUUUAAGCUUAAAUUUCUUUGUAUGUCUUCCAUGGUCAAAAAAAUGCCACAAGGCCAUAGUAAAAACACCAAAAACAUCAUUUUCAUCAAAGUAGGUCUUUAAUGAAGUCAUAGUUUUUGCCCUUUUAAAAAAAUGAAGGGUAUCCUAUACCUGCAAAUGAACUGUGACAUAAAUCUAUUUUACUGGCAGAUGGAAAUUCAAGGUCACUUACGUUUAAAAUUCCUCCGAGUAUCUCUAAAUGCAGAUGGAUGGAGUGUUUGGUCAGCCAGUUUACCUGACUUUGCAAUAAUUUUGCAGGGUGCAGUUUAGCAUAACACCCACCUAUUUUGGGAGAUUGUAAGGUGAAUCCAUCUACGUGUUGUGUGGAUGUGUGUCAUCCAGCCCCCUCCCCCAGCUCCCCUGUUCUUUGUCCCUCCUCUUGUAGUCUGAGGACGGCAACCUGCUCCAGACAGCCCACAUAGAUGAUCCAUCGCCACAACCUUCACUUCACUUUCAUACCCAUUUAACCCCGGAACCUGCGCCGCUACACCCAUGCUCCACCCUCUGCCUGAGAUGCGACACCGCUGCACAGUUUCCCGGAGAAUAUCUUCAUUUGGCGCCGCUCCCCGCUGAUAGAGAGAGCAUGCCCGACGCAGGGACGGCAGCGGCCGCGGCUGCAGCGCCCACCGCCGCUGGAGGUGUGACCACCACCGGCGACGGCCCCGAGAACUCCAGGCACCGACACCGACCACAGCAGGGGGACGCGGACAGGCCGGAGCCGGCCACUGCGCCCCAGCAGAGCUCCUCGGGAGUACUGGAUAAGUUGUUUGGAAAGCGUCUGCUGCAGGCCGGGAGGCACAUCAUGUCUCAUAAAUCUUGGAUGAAAACGGUGCCCACAGAGAACUGUGAUGUCCUCUUGACAUUUGCAGACACUACAGAUGACCACACGUUACUAUGGCUACUGAACCACAUCCGGCUUGGAAUCCCAGAACUCAUCAUCCAAAUCCGACAUCACAAGCACACACGAGUCUACGCAUUCUUCAUCACAGCUACAUACGAGAAUUUGCUGAGAGGCGCAGAGGAGAUGGGACUGAGGAAGGCGGUGAAGCCCGAGUUCGGUGGAGGAACGCGAAACUUCUCGUGUGAAGAGGACUACAUCUAUGAGAACAUUGAGAGCGAGCUGUGCUUCUUCACCUCACAGGAGAGGCAGAGCAUCAUUAAACACUGGCUGGACAAUCUUCGUGCCAAACAUGGGGAGGCUCUUCAUAAUAUCACCUUCUUAGGGGGCCAGCCAAUCAUCCCGGAGCUGAGAGCCAGAGGUGUGAUCCAGCAGGUGUUUCCUCUCCAUGAGCAGAGGAUCCUCAGUCACCUCAUGAAGUCCUGGGUCCAGGCUGUUUGUGAAAAGCAGCCUUUGGAUGAUAUCUGUGACUACUUUGGGGUGAAGAUUGCCAUGUAUUUUGCCUGGCUGGGUUUCUACACCACUUCAAUGUUAUAUCCUGCUGUGAUUGGCUUUGUGCUUUGGAUGCUCACCGAGUCAGAUCAGACAAGUCGUGACAUCUGCUGUGUGGUGUUUGCCCUGUUCAACGUGGUGUGGGCCACUCUGUUCCUGGAGCGGUGGAAAAGGCGGAGCGCUGAGCUGGCGUACAAGUGGGGAACGCUGGAUGCACCUUCCGAAUCCCUGGAGGAGCCACGGCCUCAGUUUCGGGGAGUCAAGCGCUGCAGCCCCAUCACAGGAUGUGAGGAGUUCUACUAUCCUCCAUGGCGCAGGCUUGUCUUCAGGUGGCUGGUCAGCCUGCCCAUCUGUAUCCUCUGCCUCUGCUUUGUCUUCCUGGCCAUGAUCAUCUGCUUUGAGCUGCAGGAGUUUGUGAUGGGAAUCAAAGAAAUGCCUCGGCUGGUUCGCUUCAUCCCUAAAAUCUUGCUGGCUAUCACUGUGACUGCAUGUGACGAGGUGUACAGGAAAAUCGCCUGCUGGCUAAACGACAUGGAAAACUAUAGACUCCAGAGUGCCUAUGAGAAAAAUCUCAUCAUCAAAAUGGUUCUUUUUCAGUUUGUAAACUCAUAUCUAAGCCUUUUCUACAUUGGAUUCUACCUCAAAGACAUGGAGCGCCUGAAGGAGAUGCUUGCCACUCUGCUCAUCAUCCGCCAGUUCCUUCAGACUGUGAGGGAAGUGCUGCAGCCUUACCUGUAUGAGCGCCACAAGCUGGGGGAGCUGUCACUGAGAGCCGUGUGGGACUUGCUGCUCUCAGUGCUGCUGAAAUACGCUCGACUGGCAGCUGGAAAUGCCCAGGUGUCUCCAACUGAUCAGACUGUGGCUGGGCCUGGACUGAGAGGCACCAGGCCCAGCGUGGGACAGUCAGAACGGAGGGAAAAGAAGUGUUUGAACGGUGGAUGUGGAGUGCCUGAUGAGGAGGAGGGAGGGGAGAGGGACGAAGCUGACAGUGGGAGGUUCAGUGAAGGAGAGACAGAAGAGGAAAGUUUGAUUGACUGCGGUUUGAAGCUGAGGAAGGUCAGCUUCAUAGAAAAGGUGGACAGAAGGUCAGCCUGUAGUGGACCCCCCCUGGAAAACAGUUUUCUAGAAGAAGGUAGCCCUACUAUGGUAGAGAAGGGAAUGGACCCGGCGUCUGUAUUUGAAAUGUGCGAUGAGGACGACGAUAAUGGAAUCCAUGAUGUGAAGGAUCAAAGCGGCGGCGGAACUGACGGGGCGAAUGCUAUAGCUGCUGCUGCUGCUGCGGGUGGUGGCAGCGCCGCCUCACCCCCUUCAGAGAGCAGCACAUCACUGCGUCACAGAAGAGGCCGGAGUGCAGAGAGAGGCGAGACCAAAACCAGGAGGGAGUCAUGGAUAGAUCCUCCGGAAGAGAGAGAAAGCACCACACUCACUCAGGCUGAGAUGGAGAGCUGCAUGCAGACAUACGCUGACACUUUUGAGGAUUAUCAAGAGAUGUUUGUCCAGUUUGGUUAUGUGGUGCUUUUUUCCUCCGCGUUCCCCCUGGCUGCCAUGUGUGCCCUCAUCAACAACAUCAUAGAGAUCCGCAGUGAUGCCUUUAAGCUGUGCACGGGGCUGCAGAGGCCUUUUGGAGUCCGAGUGGCGUGCAUCGGCCAGUGGCAGACUGCUAUGGAAGCCAUGGGGCUAAUCGCCAUCAUAGUGAAUUGCUACCUGAUUGGUCAGUGUGGACAGCUGCAGCGGCUCUUUCCGUGGCUCAGCCCUGAAAUGGCCAUCGUCUCCAUCGUCAUCCUCGAGCACUUUGCAGUCCUCCUGAAGUACAUCAUCCAUGUGGCAAUUCCUGACGUUCCCACUUGGGUCAAGGAGGAGAUGGCAAAACUGGACUAUCAGCGCAGGGAGGCCUUCAAGAAGCACGAGCGGCAGGCACAGCAGCAUUACCAGCAGCUGCAGAGGAGGAAGAGGGAGGAAGAGGAGAGGCAGAGGCAGGCGGAACAUAUGGCCCGCAGAGAGAGGGAGCGGGAUGACAGCAGAGGCGACUCCUCUGCGGACCACCACCACGACAAAAGUCAUGGUAGCAAAUCUCGUUCUGGAGGAGGAGGGGCUAGCGGGUCAGACAAACCCAAGAGGCCGAGCUCCCUGUUGGCUAAUAAUAAUGUGAUGAAGCUGAAACAGAUCAUCCCGCUGCAGAGCAAGUUCUCCUCAGGUGGAGCCCGCUCCCCUCAGUCACCCACGGGCAGUGAGCCGAAGCUGUCUGCGUUCUUGAGCUUUAAGUUCCUCAAGUCACCUGAGAAUAAAAAAGAAGGAGCGGCUGCUUCUUCCGCCGCAGCCGGCAGCACCACAGCGACAGCAUCGUCGUCAUCAUCAUCAUCAUCAUCAUCAGGUAGCAGCUCUCAGGAGCGUUCUCAGUCACCCACUAAAGCCUUCAACCCUGGAAAAUUGUUUAACUUUGCGAAAUCUGAAGGAGGAACGGGAGUGAACGGGGCUCCACUGCCCAGACCUGGAGAAGGAUCAUCAUCACAGAUGCCAGAAAGACAACCCUCCCGCUCUGACUUAAAUGGAGUCCCUGAUGAGAUCCCCUCACCGGGCGGCGAAGCAUCCGAGAAUGGACACGGCACAGACUUGGACCCAGCAGGUUCUAAAAUCUAGAGGCUCUAAAAAGAAAAAAACAGUCGUUGGUUACCUUUUAAGAGUUUGCCUACUGUGAGAAAAGGCCUGACAGCCUCCUGCGCCGUUCAAGGCUGCUUGCAGAGGUACUUGAAAACAAUGAGAGAUGACUUUUCCUUUGGUUUGCCUUUUCUUUGGCUGACAGACGAAAAAAAAAAACAGGCUUUGUAAGAUCGACAUAAGCCUUUCUGUCAUGACCCGAUAAAAAAAACAAAAACACACACAUAACACAAAUUCUUCCUUGUCCGCAAUACUUUAAGAAACACACAAGCUGCGUUUCUACUUUUGAAGCCUUCAAACCAGAGAGCUACGUUUCUUGAUUCUGGUCAAAAAUUGUAAAAAAUAUUAUCGGCCUCACAUCAGGACAUAUCUGCUGGUAGGGAAACAAAAAGAAGAUACAUGAAGGUAUGAAAGAGUUACAUAUUAUAUCAAAUUACAGUGGGUGUUUUUUAGCUAUUACAACUCAAGUAAAGAUCAGAUAUCAGCAUCAUUUUUAACAGUGAAGACUUCGGGGGGCCCUCACUUUUAUAACAAAACAGUAAAAAAAUGAAAAGCAAUAUAAAUCAGUGUUUUAAUAAUACUCGUUAGUCGUCACAGAUGCAUUCUUACUCCCUGAUAGAUCACCAGCUUUAUUUUGAAAGCUGGGGUGAGCUUUCUCCUUUCCCUGUGGCAUUUGAUUUUGAAAUGUAAAGAGCUCAGCAACCUGAGCUAAAACAAGUAUUCAGUUGUUUUUUUCCUAGAGGAAGAGGCCAGAGAAAGGAAGACAAACACAAGAGGAGGUAGAUGAAGGUUAAAAAAUAAUAAAAGUAGAGCACUGAUGCUUGUUGCAUAUGGAGGGGGUUGUAAACACAGUUGGUGCUUCAUUCCACACACUUCAACCAAACUUGGUAAAUGAGUAAAAUAGUGAAAUAAUAACACUUAUAGCACUAAUCAUUAAAGACCUGCAUAGAGGUGCACAUCUUUGUCUCAUGACAUUAUGCCAAAGUGGAAUUUAUUUUUAAUUGUUUUACUAUUUUUAUCCAUUUUUGACUAAUUCGUGCAAUUAAAAGCUCAUUUAUUUACUGUAACAGUGACAGUAAAUGUAUUUUUUGUUAUUUUUUAUUAUAACAAAUUUUUUUAUUAUUCUUUACUAAAGCAGUAUUUGUUGCAAAACUGUUUACCCGUUGCAUGCACGGUAUCCUACAAGAGAAUCAGGCACUGACAUAAACCAAUCCUUAAUUAAUAGGGGUGUAACGAUUCAUUUUAACAACAAUUUGAUUCAUAUUGUAAUUUGUGGCUGAUGAUAUGAUUAAUAUUCGAUAUUGGUUCAUUUGGAACGAUCCGAUUCCCUGACCUAAGAUUGAUCCAGGACCUCUUCAGCCAAAAAUUAAACCAGUGGGACUCAGAGAUAAAUACCCGAGCACUGAACAGUGCAGGUUUACUUUUCCAGAUUCCUUGCAUUUCUUGCAAAAUAAUCAAGUGUACAAAUAUGUGUACAGACAGAGGCGGAGUUACCAUCAGGCAAAGGCCGGCUGGGACCCCCUAACACUUUGGGGCCCCAGAGAUGAGCACGAAAUAUAAAUGUAUAAAAUAAUUUCCACACCUAUUAUUAUUACACUCCCACUCAAUUCAUCUUGUGACCUAUGGUAAAAUCGUUCCCAGUUAUGCUGUUUUAGCCAAAAUAGAAGAAAAAAAAACCUGUGUUGGCUUUUAUGACCCAGUUUCUGCAGAACGGCAGUAGUUCAUCAGAAACUCUGAGUUGUCGAUGGGACUGUUGGCGCAGAGUAAGCCUGCCCACAGUUUCCAUCAUCCCUUUUGCUUCCCUUCAGAUUUUUGACAUUGAUACAGUCUAAAAGUGGCUAGUGAAGAAGUUUUUUGAUGAAAGUUUUAUCCAA